AUGGCCAUGUACCCAGGUGUGAGUUUGCUGCAUAACGUCCCCAGACAAGAUGCAGAGCAGGAGGAAGAAGACGAAAUGACAGCGUCUCAGUCACUGCAGAUGGGGCGGCUGACAUUCCAGGAUGUGACCAUAGACUUCACUCAAGAGGAGUGGGAAUGCCUGGGCCUCGGUCAGCGGGACUUGUACAGGGAUGUGAUGUUAGAGACCUACGGGAACCUGGCCUCCUUGGGUCUUGUGGUCUCCAAGCCGGACCUGGUGACCUUUCUGGAGCAAAUGAAGACUCCCUGGGAUGUAAGGAGAACGGACACAACAGCCACAUACCCAGGUAGGUGUGAAUGGAUGGAGCUGAUGACUCAGGUGUCUGCUCCAGAGGCUGCCCCAGGGCACAGGGUUCUGCUGACGGCGGAGGAGGGGCAUGGGGGAGGCCGUGGCUGGGCCUCAGUAGAGCCCACCCGGGUGGUGGUCCUCCCUACUGCCAGGGAUGAGGGGCCAGCACGGGGGAGAGAGCUGCGUACAGAUACUGGAGAGAAGACUUACAAUUGUAGUGAAUAUGAUGUUUCUAAUCAGUCUUCAGAACUUAUUCAACAGCAGAGUAUUCAGAAUCCACAGAAAAACUACAAGUGUAAGAAAUGUGAGAAACUCUUUGCUAACAUACUCAACCUAUGUAAACAUAGGGAAAUUCAUACAGGAUGGAACACUUUCAAAGGUACAGAAUGUGACAAAGCGUUUAAUCAGAGUUCCAAACAUAGUCAACAUCAGCAAAUCCAUAUUGGCCAGAAGCCUUAUAAAUGUAAGGACUGUGGCAAAGGCUUUAUUCAACACAGAGAUCUUACUUGCCAUCAGAGAAUUCACACUGGAGAGAAACCUUAUAAAUGUCAAGAAUGUGGGAAAGCUUUCAGUCAUUACGCAACUCUUAGUAAACACCAGCGAAUUCAUACUGGAGAGAAGCCUUAUAAAUGUAAGGAUUGUGGCAAAGACUUUAACCAGGGCUCAGGCCUUAUGUACCAUCAGAGAGUUCAUACUGGAGAGAAGCCUUAUAAAUGUAAGGAUUGUGGCAAAGGCUUUAGCCAGCUCUCAGGUCUUACUUGCCAUCAGAGAAUUCACACUGGAGAGAAACCAUAUACAUGUCAAGAAUGUGGAAAAGCUUUCAGUCAACAGGCAAAUCGUAAUAAACACCAGCGAAUUCAUACUGGAGAAAAGGGUUAUAAAUGUAAGGAUUGUGGCAAAGACUUUAGGCAGGGCUCAGACCUUAUAUCCCAUCAGAGAGCUCAUACUGGAGAGAAGCCUUAUAAAUGUAAGGAUUGUGGUAAAGGCUUUAGCCGGAACUCAGGUCUUACUUGCCAUCAGAGAGUUCAUACUGGGGAGAAGCCUUAUAAAUGUAAGGAUUGUGGCAAAGGCUUUAGCCAGCUCUCAGGUCUUAUUUCCCAUCAGAGGGUUCAUACUGGAGAGAAGCCUUAUAAAUGUAAGGAUUGUGGCAAAGGCUUUAGCCAGCUCUCAAGUCUUAUUUGCCAUCAGACAGUUCAUACUGGAGAGAAGCCUUAUAAAUGUAAGGAUUGUGGCAAAGGCUUUAGCCGGAACUCAGGUCUUACUUGCCAUCAGAGAGUUCAUACUGGAGAGAAGCCUUAUAAAUGUAAGGAUUGUGGCAAAGGCUUUAGCCGGAACUCAGGUCUUACUUGCCAUCAGAAAAUUCACACUGGAGAGAAACCUUAUAAAUGGAACGAAUGUGGAAGAGCUUUCAGUCAAUACGCAACUCUUAUUAAACACCAGCAAAUUCAUAGUGACGAGAAGCCUUAUAAAUGUAAGGAUUGUGGCAAAGGCUUUAUUCAACGAGGAGGUCUUACUUGCCAUUAGAGAAUUCACACUGGAGAGAAACCUUAUAAAUGUCAAGAAUGUGGAAAAGCUUUCAGUCAAUACACAACUCUUACUCAACACCAGCGAAUUCAUACUGGAGAGAAACCUUAUAAAUGUAAGGAUUGUGGCAAAGACUUUAGCCGGCACUCAGGCCUUCUGUACCAUCAGAGAGUUCAUACUGGAGAGAAGCCUUAUAAAUGUAAGGAUGGUGGCAAAGGCUUUAGCUGGCACUCAGGUCUUACUCGCCAUCAGAGAAUUCAUACCGGAGAGAAACCUUGAUAAUAUAAAGAAUGUGGAAAAGCUUUCAGUCACUAUGGAACUCUUACUAAACACGAGCGAAUUCAUACUGAAGAGAAUUCUUAUAAAUGUAAGGAUUGUGACAAAGACUUUAACCCUGCACAUUGGUCUUCCUUACCAUCAGAUAAUUCAUACUGAAGGAAAUCUCAUAAAUGUAAGGAAACCUGCAAAGGCUUUGAUCAGCUCUCUCACCUCACUGGACAUCAGAGAGCAUGUCCUGGAGGGAAACCCUAGUAAUGAAGUAAGACAUGGAAGAGGUUUGUCCUGAACAUACAAUUCAGGAGACAAAAGACUUAUUUAUAUAAGAAAGAUAUGGAAUGACAUAAAGAAAAUGUAGGAAAGUAUUUAUUAAAAAAUCAAAUCUAAAUAAAUAUCAGGAAAUGCAUACUAGAAAGUAUCUCAUAAAUUCUGUUUUCUGACGUUUCUCUUAGGGAGAAAUAUUGUAGAUAGUGAUUCAUAGUUAAAAUAGAUAGAAAAUUGAUAUGUUAGUAUGGAUCACAAGAUGAAGAGGUGAUGUUUAGUCAUGUACAGUUACUAGCUAUGUAUGUUUGUUGAUAUUGACAUGAUUUGUGAU